AUGGGAGAGGUGGAGGGCGGAGGAGGCGUGGGCGAGAUGGAAGGCGGCGGAGGCGUGGGCGGCGGCGGCGGCGGUGGGAAGAAGGUGGAGGGUAGCGGCGGCGUGGGCAAGGUGGAGGGCGGCGGCGGCGUGAGCAGCGGUGGCGGCGGUGUGGAGGGGGUGGAGGGCGGCGGCGGCGUGGGCGGUACUCGCCAGAGUCCGAGAGCCAUGGCCUCGCCGCGAGGCAAACCAGGCCGGCGGCGCGGCGGCGGGCGAGCCGCAGCCGCACCCGCCUGCGCGACGGCACAGCGUUCCUCGGCCUUCGACGCGGACACCUGGCAGGCCGCCCUCAACGAGCAGCUGGAGGCGCUCGAGCGCGCGGCCGGCGUCAGCAGUUGGGCCGCGCCGCCCGUGGACGAGAAGGAGCUUGUCUGGCGAGCGGACGGCUCGAGGCGCGCGAAUGCGAUGCUUGAGCUGCCGCAUUGCGGCAGCAUCGAGGAGCAAGGCGCCACCGCGCUCGCCCUGCUGCGCGGCGAAGCUUCCGCGAAGCUUCCUGCGGCGGGCAGCGAAGCUUCCGCGAAGCUUCCUGCGGCGGGCAGCGAAGCUUCCGCGAAGCUUCCUGCGGCGGGCGGCGAACCUUCCGCGAAGCUUCCUGCGGCGGGCAGCGAAGUUUCCGCGAAGCUUCCUGCGGCGGAGGAGGAGAAGGCGGCGGCGGAGCAGGCGGCGGAGGCGGAGGAGGGAGCGGCGGCGGCGGUAGAGGCGGAUGCGGCGGUGGCGGAGGAGGAGGCGGUGGCGGCGGCGGCGGCGGCGGCGGCGGCGGCGGCGGCGGCGGCGGCGGCGGCGGCGGGCGGCGGGGCGUGUCCCACGAUAGUGAGGCAUGCCGUGCUUGUGCCGCCGAGCGCCAUCGGCAAGGGGCUGCUGCUGCUGCGGAGAGGAGGCAGCGUCGAGGCGUAUUGGGAAGAGGUCAGCCUGAAGGGCGAUGCGCCGCCAGACGCCGCUGCAGCCGAGGGGCUGCCGCCGCCGCCGCCCGCCGUCGUCCCGGAGGAGCUGACUUGUCAGCGCCUUCGCAACGCGGUUCAAUUGUGGACGACGGUGUACACGGCGAUGGGAUGGGAGAAGGGGGCGGCGGCGGAGGCUGAGGCGGAGGCGGAGGCGGAGGCGGAGGCGGAGGCGGAGGCGGAGGCGGAGGCGGCGGAGGAGGAGGAGGCGGAGCAGGAGGAGGAGCAGGAAGGGGCGAUGGAAGAGGCAGAGGAGGAGGAGGGGGGGGCGGCUGAGGAGCCGGAGGGGGGCGAGGAGGCGGAGGAGGAGGAGGCGGCGGAGGUGGUCGUGUCGCUCUCCGAGUUCAGCGGCUACUUGACGCGUGGCGGUCGGAGUUCGUCGAGUACUACGGCGGAACCGCCGAGUGGGACCGAGCGGGAGAUCGCAAUCUCCUGGCGGGAGGACUAUCUCCCUCGGAGGAAGCAUCGGAACCAGCCAAAGCCGUGCUACGAGUGGCGCGACAGCGGGCAGUACUCCCAUGCGGUCGAGCCUCCGCACACGCGUUUCGCGCGGCCGGCGGCGGAGGCCGGGGUAGGAACGGCGGCGGCGGCGGGGGCGGCGGCGGCGGCAGGAACGGCGGGGGCGGCAGGAACGGCGGCGGGGGCGGCGGCGGCGGCGGCGGGGACGGCGGCGGCGGCGGAGGCGGGGACAGCAGGAACGGCAGGAACGGCGGCAGCGGUGCACGCGGCGGUUGCUGCGUCGGCCGGGGCUGCAAGCCGAGAAGGCAACGGUGGUGCGGAGGGGGGCAGCGUCGUGUCCGUCGCGAACUUGCCGUGGUCUGCGACGGACGAGCAGGUGGAGGCUGCGAGUGGGUCGGCGAGGCGAAAGGGCAAGGGCGGGCAGCGGCGGGGCGCGGCGGGCGCGGCGGCGGAGGGGGCGGAGGCGGCGGCGGCGGCGGAGGCGGCGGCGGCGGCGCGGGAGAUUGCAACCUCGCCGGCGGCGGCGGCGGAGCCGGAGGUUUCGGUUCGGCCUCCGGCACGAUCGAUGAACGAGUUAAGGUUUCGGUUCGGCCUCGGCACGCCGCUGCAGGCGGCGCGGGGGGCGACGCUGGAGGUGUUUGUGCCUGGACGGUACCCGUCGCGAGAGCCGCCGCAUCCGGUCGAGACGCUGCGGCAGGAGGUGUCGGCCGCGCACGAGGCGGCGGCGGCGGCGGCGGAGGCGGAGGCGGCGGCGAGGGCGGAGGAGGCGGAGGCGGAGGCUGCGGCGGACCUCGUGGUCAACUUGCACGACAACAAGUGCAAGGCGCGGCGCGACCUGCGCGGCAAGACGCUCGGGUGUUUCUGCGUGCCGCUGCAGUGCCACGGAUACGUGCUCGCGAUGGUGGCAAACUCGGAGUCGGACGCGGAGCUGCUCUGCCAGCCGGCGCUCAAAGCGGAGCUCACUUUGCUCAAGGUGCCGCAUGCCGAUGCCGUCGACCGGCUCAUCCAGGCACGCCAGCUGCAGUCGCCGGGCUGCGACGGGAAGUCAGCCGCAACGUUCGCCUCAGCUGACACCGGCGACGACAAGCUGCCGGAGUGCCGCCGGUGCUCAAAGUCGAUCGGCCUUACACAGGCAGGCGAAGCGAUGGGCUGCGGCACGAGCAAGCCGGGCCUGGCCUACGAGGAGAAGCUGGAGCUGUGGCGCAAGCGCGGCGGCGGCGACCUGGAGCGUGUCCUCGAGAGCGGCGCCGCCGCCCUCCUCGACGCGCAGUGGAUCAUCCGCCACGCCGAGGCGGGCGGCGUCCUCACCCACCGCCAGGCGCUGCCCAAAGAGGCCUUCCUCUCUUUCGCCGACCUCAUCGAGGCGACCACCGAGUAUGACUGGCUUCCCGUCGCUGCGCUCUCCUACCCGUGGCUGACCAAGGACCACCCCGACCCGCGCGGAGCCAACCUCGCCCGCGUCGCGAGGGCGCUCAAGGCCCUGCUAGCGAAUUACUUCAUCACGCGGCUCGGCGUCUUUUGGGACUUCGGCUCGCUCCACCAGCACCCCGACCCCCCCAACGGCGUCAUGCGCACCAAGAAGCAGAACGCGCUCUUCAAGGAGGGUUUGGGCUGCCUCGGCACGCUCUACUCCCACCAGCACACUUGGGUGCUGCGGCUGACCUCCUUCCCGGACGGCCACAAGGCGGAGGAUCAGGCCGAGGGCACCAACGUGGCCAAGUACUUUGACCGCGGCUGGUGCUACACCGAGGCCAGCUGGGCCAGCCUGACAAAGGCCGGCGACCUCUCCCUCGACCUCGGCAAGAUGCGCGCCGGCAAGGAGUACGGCUUCAUCAGCCUCACCAACGACUGCAUCCAGGACGGCGGCCGGCGCCCUCCGCUGCUGCCGUCUGCGUUUGCGGCGGAGCUGGAGACGAAGAGCUUCACCAACGGCAAGGACGACAAGCCGCUGGUGAAGCAGCUGUACGAGGCCGCCUUCAAGGAGCAGUUUGGCAAGGCGACCGAGCUGCACUACAUCAACCUCGGCUGGGGCGACGCGGAGGCGGCGCAGCUGGCGGAGGUCCUCGCGAGCGGGGCAGCGCCGCGGCUCGAGACGCUCUAUCUCAACGGCAACAAGAUUGGCGACGAGGGCUGCAAGGCGCUGGCCGCCGCCCUCAAGGAGGGGGCCGCCCCGAGCUUGAAGGCGCCAGACGCCCCCCUCGCCACACGCCCCUCUCUCGCCCAAUGCUCGUCGCACCUCUUCUCGCGUGCAGGCUUUGCCUCUGACCGCCACCGUUCCCAGGCUGCCUAA